AUGUGGAGCUGCCGCCGUCUCCACUCGCCCUUCGUCGGGCCACACCGCCCCAUGGCGCGGGCCAGUGGCGUGGGCAGUCUGAUGCGCAACGAUCUCAGCGUCAAGGACCGGUGCCCCUCGCAGGCCGACGGGGCCAGGCUUGUCGUCAAGAACUCGUUCUUCGAGUUGGUCGACGCCGCGUCCGGACUCCGCCGAAGCAAGAGCGACGGUCAUUUAGCAUGCACGAUUGGGGGAUGCCUUGUUCAGAUGGAUGCGGCUCAAGUUGCACCCUCAGAUGCCAUGGAGGGGCUUACGCGCAUGGCCGGCUGUCUUCAUGUGAGCGCAACAACAGACGCCACCACCCACCAUUCGUUCUCAGACUCUGCCUCGGUCGCUUCGGGUAGCCGCUGCUCCUGGGCGGAGAUAAGCGACUGCAGCCAAUAUCAUAUCGGUGGAUGCUUCGGGUUCAGCGACGACUCCCAGGAUGAGUAUCACGACACCUCCAGCUUGGUGCCGCCCACGAAUCACAGCUCUUCGAGUGGGGAGGCGUACGAGCUCGUGGAGCAGCGGGAGUGGUGGAUCAGCAAGGGGUCGGUUCACGCCGCUGGCACUUGCAGGCCGUGCGUGAAGGUUUUCGAUUUGCCGCGCAAGGCCAAGGCCAGGAAUCGGCCCAGCAAGACCGCAAGGCUGCACUGCAAGCAGCUGGUCGCGGCGAUGGACGGCGCGCGUGGGAGCGACCUGCAUGCCGCCUUGGGGCUGCCCAGCGGUGGCGAGCGCCAAGCGUUGGCGGGCCAAGGUGUGCGCAUCCAGGACCAGGAGUACGUGCUCAGGGUCUUCAGGGCAAGGCAGCGGGAGCAGCAGGCGCCCUGA